AUGGUCCACAUAACCCCAGGCCUCGCCUUCCUCGCACAGAACCUCGUAGGCCCAGGACUAGGCUUCACAGCCUGCGUCCUCGGCACACGCUACCUCGCCCUCCCCAUCCCAGCCUGGGCCAUCGCACUCCUAUCCCUGCUCAGUGUUCCAGGACGUAUUGUGGGUGGGAUACUUUGGACUGAGUUUCGAGAUCGACGAGAGGCGGAGAGGCUGGGUGCUAGGCUGGUACCUAGAGCUAAGGGGAAGAGGUUUGCGAAUUUGGAUGUUUUGGAGGAGUUGUUGGGUCAUUGGAGGAAUGGGUAUCCUGGUGAUGGGAUAUGGGAAUUGGUUGACACCCUUGGCCUGGUUAACAAUUUCAAUGUCUUGUUCGCGAAUAAUAUCUUUACCGUCUGUCCGGAACAUAUCAAGUUGAUACUGGCUACCGACUUUGAUAAUUACGACAAAGGCGAACGAUUUCGUUUCGCAAUGGGCGGCGUCCUCGGUUCAGGGGUGUUCAAUUCAGACGGCAAGAUGUGGCAGUUCCACCGCUCAAUGACCCGCCCCUUCUUCAACCGCGACCGCAUGACCGAUUUCGAGCUCUUCGACAAACACGCAGACACCGUCAUCUCACUCAUCAAAUCCCGCAUGCUCACCGGCGAAUCUAUCGAUUUUCAAGAUGUAAUGCAUAGAUUUACCUUGGACGCUGCGACUGAACAUUUGUUUGGGUCGUGUGUGGAUAGUUUGAGGACGCCGAGCGGGUUGUUGCCUCUUCCUUUCAAUUCCAACUCCACACACAAACACACACAAAAACAAGGAGAGGGGGAGGAAGAGAACCUGGCGAUACAGUUCUCCGCUGCAUUUUUACAAGCGCAGAUCGUGAUUGCUGAGAGGGAGCGGUAUGGGCGUAUAUGGCCCCUCCUUGAAAUAUUCAAGGAUAGGGCGAGGGAGCCGAUGGAGGUUGUUAAUAGGUAUUUGGACCCGGUUAUUAGGGAUGCUGUUGGGAGGUAUAAUGAGAAGAAAGCGGUGGCAGGGGAGAAGGGAGAGGUGGAGGAGGAAGGGGGGGAGACGUUGUUGGAUCAUUUGGUUACGCUUACUUCUGACACCGCUCUGCUCCGGGACGAAACGCUGAACAUCCUCAUUGCCGCUCGUGAUACCAUGGCAGCAACCCUAUCAUUCAUGUUCUACUUCCUCUCCUUACACCCCUCCGUCCUUGCGCGUCUGCGCCAAGAAGCGUCGGAUCGCGUGGGUGGGACGAGGAGGCCGACGUAUGAGGAUGUUAAGGAGAUGAAGUACUUGAAGGCUACUCUGAACGAGACGUUGAGGUUGUUACCUCCCGUCCCUUUCAACGUCAGAGAAUGCCAAAAAGGAGCUAUAUGGCCUUCCCCGGACCCUUCCCAAAAACCACUGUACAUUCCUCCUGGAUCAGCGACCGCGUAUUCAGUCAUAAUGAUGCACACGCGCACGGAUUUGUGGGGUCCUACUGCACACGAAUUUGACCCGGACCGGUUCUUGGAUGAGAGGUUGAAGGAGUACCUCUUACCCAACCCGUUCAUUUUCUUACCUUUCAAUGCUGGGCCGAGGAUUUGUUUGGGGCAGCAGACUAAACUAACCACCCACGGACAGUUCGCAUACAACCAAAUGUCAUUCAUGGCCAUCCGCCUCCUGCAAUCCUUCUCCUCAUUCACACUCGACACGGAGGCCUUCCCGCCUUCUGCGCGCCCGCCUGUGGAGUGGGCUGAGCAAGGAAGGGGGAGGAAAAGGGUGGAGAGGUUUAGGCCGCAGAUUGUGUUGACUAUGUCUAGUACGGGAGGGAUGUGGAUGAAGGCUGGCGCUGAAGGUGCGGGUGUGGACGUUUAA